AGUGUAAGGGGAUUAUGAAUUAAUUUUUUGUCCCUAUGCUUAUUCAGAUUAUUCAUCAUUAUUGAUUCUAAAAAUAAACCAAUAUCAAAAAAUAUUUUAUUAACGUACUUAAAAUGUCAUUUUAAAAGUAUCUUACUGUUUGUAUUUAUGUAAAGUCCAGUUACGGUGACAGUGAUUAUCCAGAGGACAAAACAAUUAUUACAAUCACCAGCGUGUCAGUGAUGUCUCUUUAACGGGAGUAGCUCACUGUUAACAGUACUCUUCUGAAGAAAGUUCCUUUAAUUCGCACUGAAAUAAUAAAUUUAUUUUUUAAUAAAAAAUGUUUAUUUUAUUUAUUUUUAUGUUUAUAUUUACUACCAACAGUCUGGAAGACGAGUGUUAUUACGACGGUGACGAUUUUUGUGUUAGUCAGGAAGAUAUCCUGUCAGCGGAUCUUCUCCCGGGAAGUUUUUUACUAUCAAGUUUAAACGGAAAUAAAAAUGUUAAAAGUGGAGUUCAAGAAACAAUCAAUGGGACAUAUGAAGCGGCGUUUAACCAGAUGAAUUAUCACAGGAAAAGGAUGAAUGAAUAUUUGUGUCACGGCUUUAUGGCUGAAGGGAUAUUCCAAGACAUGAGAUCGAUACGCGUUAAACGACGUCAAGAUUCAACCUCUUCAAAUUCAAUGCCUGAUUUUUUAGGAGAUGACAAUGUGACGGUCCAUGACAAGAUGCUAUCUGAUGAGGGUAGCAGUAAAUACAAAGACUGGCUUCAGAGAACUACCACUUUGAAUGACGUCUACCGCCAUUAUGCUCCGAAAAAUAAAAUAUCUAAAAAAUUCGGACAAACUUACGUCCACGGAAUCGAAGAAUUUGACGGCGAAGUAACGGGCUACGCAAUGCCUGCGCCAGUUUUUCCUGAUAAGAUUAGUCCACACUACGAUUCUUCUGAUUAUGAUGACGUUAUCUCUUCUCCAACUGGGCAUUAUUACAGUCACAGUGGCCCUCCACAUCAUCAUUCUUCCCCACAUCACCCUCCUCCUCCGCCCCCGCAUCAUUUUCACCAUGAGGAUGUCGUCCCGGUGAUUCACGAAGAACAUCAUUAUCACGCCCCUAGCCACUUUGAGGAAGAAGAAUACUGGCCUAAAGCUCCGCAUCACAAAUCCAAGGGAGAUUUAUCAAUAAAAGAUUUUUUCGAAAUAGCGCUGACUGCCUUGGCAUUUUUGGCUUUUGGAUUGUUCAUUAUCCAACUUCUCAUGGCAAUUACAAAUUCCGCAACCACGACAGUUGUAACCGAAGAUCCAAUAAGAUUUAGACGAAACGCUUCACCGCAUCACAGCAAUGCAGAAUUGAACGAGCUUUCUCAUAGAGUUCUUCAGUCUAUUGAAGCAAUUAUGGUUGCUAACAGUGACUCGGGUCGUUGUCUUCGAUGGACUCUUUGCAGAGAUAACAGACACUCUGUACAAACAGCAAGUAGUCAACGAUUAUGGCUACCAAUUUGGAGUUUGGGCACAAGUUGGAUAUCAGGUCAAAUUUUAAAACAAAAAACAUGGAUUGCAAUGUUUGACUCGAUUAAAGCGUCAAUUCUUGGAUUGGGUGGAUCUGACUGUUCUGCACUUUAUCCGGAGUGUGAUUUGCUCGGUGAGAGAACCAAACGUCGUCGGCGAAGAAGGAAAUAAGUUUUUUUAUCAUAACUGCAAACAAUUAAAAAAUUUUUUCUGUUAU